GAGCUAUCCUCUCAAUCAUUGACUCUCUCAACCAGUUACAAAAACAAAAGGAAUCAACUCUAAACUUCCCAAACUACAAAAUGUCUCUACGCACAGCAAUUCUAGCUGCAUCAUGCUUGAGCAGUAUCGCGUUUGGUCAAACUGUUGAUGGCUCUUCUUACAACAAGCCAUCUGGUGGUCCUCCAGCGAGUUUCUUUGCUGCCGCUUCUACCAUUAAUGUGGGAGCUGUCAAGACUGCCGUUGCCCAUGCAACAGGCGUACCCAAGAAGGCAGUGUAUGAUGUGAAUGGAGCGUCUACCAAGGUUACUAUUCAUGAUGAUUACAUGACCAAGCCCACGGGCGCAGCCAUUGUUUAUGUCUCAAACAUGAAUGUGGACUGUGACGGGAUUGACUACAAAUGCAAGGGCAAUCCCGAUGGCCAGUCUGAUACAGACAACGGCGAGCUUGCUGCCUAUGAAGUUCCUUGGGUCGUGAUCCCCGAGAAUUUCCAGAAGGCUUAUCCAGACAUACUUCCCGGAAACAACGUCGCUGCCGUUAUCUGCAACGACAAGAUGUUCUACGGUAUCUACGGCGACUCCGAUGGCGACACCCCUGAAGACAUUGGCGAAGCAUCAUGGCUUAUGGCACGUACCUGCUUCCCAGACGAGGACCUCAAUGGAAACAGCGGACAUGAUGCUCUCGACGUUACCUACAUCGUUUUUGUCGGCAAGGACUCUAUUCUUCCGGACAGCGCUGUGAAUUCCAAAUACAUCACCGACUUUACCAAACUGCGCUCCAUGGGUAAUAAGCUGAUGACCGCGUUUGAGUCUAAUAUCGACAACAAGACUUCCAAGUCAAACGUUUUCGACCCCAAAAAGCGAGGAACCUUGCCUGUGCCUUUCCAAGGCUAAGAGAUCUUUUUAGCAAAAGAAAGGUUUGUAUUGGUAUCGACUGGUACAGCUUUGCCCUAAAUUACAGAAAGCUUCAUGUAAAUCGCGUCUUUACUGUGGUCGAAUAUUGAUUGUACUUAUAAAUUAAUUUGAGACAGC